CAGCUGGCCAUCUAUGUGUCGUUGUGGUAAAUUCCUCGUAGCGACAUACACAUGAUACAUGAGAAGUGCCGCGAACCUGACUUAGCACUUUGCGGCUACUUCCGUACAAUUGUUAUUACAAAAAAACUUUCCUAUAAAUUCAAUAUUCCUAAGACAUCAUAUUUGUAUACUGCAGCUACGCACGGAGGAUAAACAUGCCUCAAUAUAUAAUUAAAGUUAAAUGGGGCAAAGAACUCUUUUCUAAUGUAGAAGUAAAUACAGAAGAGGAACCAAUGUUAUUCAAAGCGCAACUUUUUGCAUUGACCGGUGUUCAACCUGAGAGACAAAAAGUUAUGCUGAAAGGAAUGACAUUAAAGGAUGAUGAUUGGGGCAAUUUAAAACUGAAAGAUGGUGUCACAGUACUUAUGAUGGGUUCUAAAGAAGAAGAUGUACCUAUAGAGCCAACAGAAAAGCCAUUAUUCUUGGAGGAUAUGAACGAAGCUGAAUUAGCCACAGCUUUGGAUCUACCAGCUGGUUUACUCAAUUUGGGAAAUACGUGCUACCUAAACGCGACGGUGCAAUGUUUAAAGACUGUACCCGAGUUGCGAGAAUCUUUAAAGGCUUUCCCAGGUGGUUGGGCAGCAGCUGCGACUUUAUCGUUACCCGCGCAAAGUAUAACUGCAGCAUUAAGAGAUUUGUAUGAUAAUAUGGAUAGAGGAACGUCUAGAGCUCCUCUUGUUCUCGUUCAAAUGUUGCAUUUAGCUUUUCCGAGAUUCGCAGAAAAAACCGAACAAGGCGUAUUUCAGCAGCAAGAUGCUAAUGAAUGUUGGACAGAAUUGAUCAGGAUGAUACAACAGAAGUUGCCUGCAAAGAACAAUCCAGAUGUAUCUGAAAAUGAUACUGAAGCUGCCAAGCCACAGUCGUUCAUUGAGCAGUAUUUUGGUGGUAUAUUUGAUUUUGAAUUGAAAUGUAUUGAAUCUGAAGAUGAGCCAGCAACUACUGGAAAAGAAGAAUUUCUGCAGUUGAGUUGUUUUAUUUCAACUGAUGUCAAGCAUAUGUAUUUCGGACUUAGGAACAAAAUGCAAGAACAAAUUACGAAGAUGUCUCCGACACUCGGAAGAAAUGCUGUUUAUACAAAAACGUCAAAAAUUAGCAGGCUACCAGCAUAUUUAACUAUACAAUUCGUACGAUUUUAUUACAAAGAAAAAGAAGCAAUUAAUGCGAAAAUUUUAAAAGAUGUCAAGUUUCCCCUGGAAUUCGAUGCUUUUGAAUUAUGCAGUCCUGAGCUUCAAAACAAACUUACUCCGAUGCGUGAAAAAUUCAAAGAAUAUGAAGAUUCCAUGAUGGAAGAAUCUUGUAACGUGAAAGAUAAGAAGGAUAAAGAGGACAACACAAAGAAAAAAAUGAAACAGGAACCAUUCUGGUUUAAGAACGAUCUGGGUUCGAACAACAGUGGUUAUUACGAAUUGCAAGCAGUUUUGACGCACAGAGGACGUUCCAGCAGCAGCGGUCAUUAUGUCGCUUGGGUUCGGCAAAAAGGAGACACAUGGAUGAAAUGCGACGACGACGUUGUCACGGCUGUUACCAGUGAAGAGGUUUUGAAACUCAGCGGAGGCGGCGAUUGGCAUUGCGCAUAUGUUCUUCUGUACGGUCCGAGAAUUUUAGAAGUACCCGAUACGGAGAACAGCGAGGCUUAACUGUCAUGAUCAAUUUAAAACGGUGAAAAAAAAUACGCUAGACAAGAAAUCGCUUGCGUUACUAGCUCUAUACAAAUACCCAUUUGUUUUUAUAUUGACCGAUAAAACGGUGUCAUUAAAGCAUCGUUACUGUGCGACUAUAUCAUCUCAUGGGCAGGCAAUAUUUGUAAUUUGAAUAAUAUCUUUAGCACACGAACGAACAACUUUGUUUAGAGUUUAGCCGUGUCUACGAGCACUGUAUAUAUUACAAUACCGUGUUGAAUUGUGAUAUAUACAGCUUACAUAUGGAUGCCUGUGCGAUAAUUUACGAAGCUAAUCUCUAAGCUAAACUCAAAAGAUUCCUGCAAAAAGCUCGAUAUCAGAUAGAGAUAUUAAUCUCCCUUACAUAGUUAUUAAGAGCAAUGUAAUUUUCAACAUUAUAAUUGAAGACAAUAUUUAUUACGA